GGACAGGAGGGUUCUGUAUGUUUGUGACUGCUCCUUAUGAACUUUCACCUUGAAUGGAACCGCUAACCUCUUUCUCCCUUUUCUGUCACAUCACCUCUUUUCCAGGGGGCGCUUACUCUGAACCAUUAGGUUUAAUUUAAUGUUAUCACUGUAUAAAGAAAGAUGAAAAAACUGUGGACUUUAAUGAAAUACUGUUUUUAUAAUAAAAUAAUUAAAACUCAACAAAAAUUAAAGAUGUACAGACUUUCAGACUUGGGGGCAGACAGAAACUCUUUUCUACUGCUCAGUUUCCCCUCUUCAGUGGUUAGGUGUGUGCAUCUCUAGCCAGGAGGACUCCUCCUGAGCUAUGUAAAGUAUUUUGGAAAGGUACAUAUGGUAUGGGAGGUGUUAUAGGUCGUCUGAGCACCAAUGAGCCUUUGUGUAUUUUCUGACCAACUUUGGGGGGGGGUAGGGGGGAGGUAGCAACAAAUCACUCCUAAAUGAUUGCUGUGAACACCAACACUUCUCACAUGAUUAAACACAUGCACAAUGAGAUAAGGGGCAAGAGGAGAAUGCUUAUGGAAUAAUCAUUCAAAUGAAUUGGGUCAUUUGCUUCAUAUUGGGAGAAUGACAUAAGAUACACAUGCUCACUAUUUUUCUCCAAGUUUGGGGAUGGGGAAUGGGGCAAAACACAAACAGUGGCAAUAUAUCUUGAGACUUAUUUUAUAAAAAACAAGAAACAACACUUGUCUUUUAUAUAUAGAAAUAUUAUUUAAUUUUAUUUUUUUGAGAAUAAAACUUGAAACUACAGGAAUUAGAUUGAUUUGUUUUUUUGUAUUAAAGUUGUGGUAAUGCAAAAUGACACUGCUCACUGUGCCACCUCUUUGGGGCUGCUGAGCAUAUCAUGCCAUUUUGAAGAAAUGUAAAUGCAUAUAAGUGUAAAAACAUACUGAAUCACUGUACAAACCCAUGGCAACUGAACAACUUGUUUUGUUUUUAUCGUUUCUUCUUAAGAGACUGGAAAUGAGACUAUUUAAUAUUUGUUUAGUGUUCAAAUUGAAUCUUUGACCACUUUUUUCUCUUGUUAACAUUUUGGUGCUUGUUGAGAGGAAGCAAAAAAACCUAUUGCUCCAUUUUCACUAGUUUCUUCUUUUUUAAGUUAUUUUGGUGGUCUGAGUUUUUGCCAAUAAUUUAAUUGUACAAUAAAGUAUGUUUGUACUAUUGGAAAAAUA